CCUACUCUGGGCAGGCUCCUCCAUAGUGCCGUGUUUGCGUGGGCCGGGGUGUCCCUCUCCUGCUUCAACAGCUCUCAGCUCGGCUGUUUUAUUUCCAUUCUUUCCCCCUUCCUUCUCCGUCUUGGCUUGGCUCUAAUUAUCCUCCAGACUCUGCCCUGUCCAAAGCCCUGGUGUCGUCACGCAGCAGCCACAGCGCCAUAUCGCAGGCCACACCACUUUCCUCGCUUGCUGUCGUGACAACCUUUGAAGCCAGGCUUGGCUCGACUAUUAACCCCAGGGCGACCCACGCCCGCCGAGCGUGCAACCCGACAACAAACGCGGUCCUCCGCAUAACCCACACCCGUCAUGUCUUCGGCGUCCAAGGAGAUCACUUCUGAAAAGACGCGCGAGCAUGAGCUGUCCCGGCAGGCCUCGAGCCGUGGCGAGUCGACCGACUCCAACAAGGCCAACAAAAAUGCCGACCCCGCCCUCGAAAAGGCCGACACAAAAGUCGUCUCGCCACCGUCGACAGCCACUGUCGACCCGUUCCACCACCUGCCUUCUCACGAGGCCGACGUCCUGAGGCGGCAGAUCUCCAUCGAGGAGACAAAAGCCGGACUCGGCGCGCUCUACCGCUAUGCGACCCGCAACGACAUCCUCAUCAUCCUUGUCAGCGCCCUCUGCGCCAUCGUCGGCGGUGCCGCCAUGCCGCUCAUGACUGUCAUCUUUGGCAACCUCCAGGGCAUCUUCCAGGACUACUUCUCCGGCAAGUCUACCUAUGACGACUUCAUGGGCACCAUGACACAGAUGGUCCUGUAUUUCGUCUACCUGGCCGUCGGAGAAUUCAUCACCAUCUACGUCUCAACCGUCGGCUUCAUCUACACUGGUGAGCAUAUCAGUGGCAAGAUCCGCUCGCACUAUCUCGACAGCUGCAUGCGCCAGAACAUUGGGUUCUUUGACAAGCUCGGUGCCGGAGAGGUCACGACUAGGAUCACCGCAGACACCAACCUGAUCCAGGAGGGCAUCUCAGAAAAGGUUGCCCUUACGCUCACCGCGGUUUCCACCUUCAUUUCCGCCUUUGUGAUUGGCUUCGUGGUCUACUGGAAGCUGACCCUGAUUCUGCUCUCCGUGGUCGUGGCGCUUCUCCUCGACAUGGGUAUCGGUUCUCGAUUCAUCAUCAAGUUCAACAAGGGUUCGAUCGAGGCCUACGCCAAGGGCGGCACCGUCGCCGAGGAGGUUCUCAGCUCGAUCCGCAACGCAAUUGCCUUUGGCACCCAGGACCGCCUGGCCAAGCAGUACGACACCCACCUCACCCGCGCGGAGCACUUUGGCUUCCGCGUCAAGACCAGCAUCGGCUUCAUGGUUUCUGGCAUGUUCCUGGUCCUAUAUCUCAACUAUGCGCUGUCGUUCUGGGUUGGCAGUCAGUACCUUGUCGAGGGUACUACCUCGCUGCAGAAGAUCCUCACUAUCCUCAUGGCGGUCAUGAUUGGUGCCUUCAGUCUCGGCAACGUCGCUCCCAACAUCCAGGCUUUCGGCACCGCCGUCGCUGCCGCGAUCAAAAUCUAUACCACCAUUGACCGCCCUUCUCCCCUGGACCCAACCUCCGAGGCUGGCCUGAAGCUUGAAAAGAUUGUGGGCACGAUCAGACUGGAGAACGUGAAGCACAUCUACCCGUCCCGCCCCGAGGUUGUCGUCAUGCAGGAUGUGAGCCUCAACAUCCCCGCAGGCAAGACUACCGCCCUUGUCGGAGCUUCGGGAUCCGGCAAGAGUACCAUUGUUGGACUGGUCGAGAGAUUCUACGACCCCGUUGGUGGCAAGGUCUACCUCGACGAUCACGAUGUCAGCACCCUGAACCUGCGCUGGCUGCGUCAACAGAUUGCUCUGGUCAGCCAGGAGCCCACGCUUUUCGGCACGACCAUCUUCAACAACAUCCGUCACGGCCUGAUUGGAACACAGCACGAGCACGCCAGCGAGGAGACACAGCGCGAGCUUAUCAUUGAGGCAGCCAAGAUGGCCAAUGCCCACGACUUCAUCUCGGCACUUCCCGAGGGAUACGAGACCAACGUCGGCGAGCGCGGCUUCCUGCUCAGCGGCGGCCAAAAGCAGCGCGUCUCCAUUGCUCGUGCCAUCGUCUCGGACCCCAAAAUUCUUCUCCUGGAUGAGGCCACGAGUGCCCUCGAUACCAAGUCCGAAGGUGUCGUGCAGGCCGCUCUCGAGAAUGCAGCCGAAGGCAGAACUACAAUCACCAUUGCCCAUCGCCUGUCCACCAUCCGCGAUGCUCAUAAUAUUGUCGUCAUGGCCGCCGGCUCGAUUGUGGAGCAGGGCACCCAUGACGAGCUCCUCGAACGCAGAGGUGCUUACUUCAAGCUAGUCGAGGCUCAGCAGCUUGCUGCUGUCGCUGAGCUGACCGAGGACGAACAAAAGGCCAUUGACGACAAGGACGAGGAACUCAUCCGCAAGGCUUCGAAGGCCGACGACGCUGCUGCAAUGAUGGCGGACCCCAAUGACGACAUCCGUGCCAAGCUCGACCGCUCCGCCAGCCACGCGUCUGUGUCGAGCAGAGUGCUCAGUGGCCGCAAGGCUGAGGAGGAGAAGAAGUACUCUCUGUGGACACUGAUCAAGCUCAUUGCAUCUUUCAAUAAGUCUGAAUGGCACCUGAUGGUCAUCGGCCUGAUCCUGUCGAUCAUUUGCGGUGGUGCCAACCCUGUUGGAGCCGUCUUCUUCGCCAAGCAGAUCACGGCCCUCGGUAUGCCAAUCCUGACUCCCGAAAUGGGCGCCCAGAUGAAGCACGAGAGUGACUUCUGGAGUGCCAUGUAUGUCAUGUUGGCAUUCGUGGUCUUCAUCGCCCAGGGUCUGCAAGGUCUAGUAUUCGCCAAGUGCUCAGAGAAACUCAUCCACCGCGUCCGCGACCGGGCGUUCCGCUCCAUGCUCCGUCAGGAUGUUGCGUUCUUCGACAAGGACGAGAACACCGCUGGUGCCCUCACCUCUUUCCUGUCGACUGAGACCACGCAUGUCGCCGGUCUCAGCGGUGUCACUCUGGGUACGAUCCUCAUGGUGCUAAGCACUCUUAUCUCCGCAUGUGUCCUUUCUAUUGCCAUUGGCUGGAAGCUCGCCCUCGUCUGUAUUUCGACUAUUCCCGUCCUGCUCGCCUGCGGCUUCUUCCGCUUCUGGAUGCUUGCGCACUUCCAGCGCCGCUCGAAGAAGGCCUACGAAAGGAGUGCCGGCUACGCCUCCGAGGCCAUCUCCGCCAUCCGCACUGUCGCGUCUCUCACCCGCGAGGCCGAUGUCAUGGCGCAGUACAGGAACUCCAUCGAGGCUCAGGAGAAGGUCAGCCUCAUCUCCGUCGCCAAGUCGUCGACCUUGUAUGCUGCCGCGCAGUCUUUCAUCUUCUUUGCCCUCGCUCUGGGCUUCUGGUACGGCGGCAGCUUGAUUGCCAAGGGCGAGUACAACAUGUUCCAGUUCUUUGUCUGCUUCAUGGCCGUCAUCUUUGGCGCCCAGUCGGCUGGCACAAUCUUCUCAUUCGCUCCCGACAUGGGUAAGGCCCAUCACGCGGCGGGCGAGCUCAAGACGCUGUUUGAUCGCAAGCCCGUCGUCGACACAUGGACCACGGAUGGCGAGCGGCUCGAGCACGUCGAGGGCACCAUCGAGUUCCGCGACGUCCACUUCAGAUAUCCUACUCGGCCCGAACAGCCCGUCCUGCGCGGCUUGGAUCUGACCGUGCGACCCGGCCAGUACGUGGCGCUCGUCGGCGCGUCUGGCUGCGGCAAGAGCACAACAAUUGCUCUGCUCGAGCGCUUCUACGACCCUCUCGUCGGCGGCGUGUACGUUGACGGCAAGGAAAUUAGCAGCCUCAACGUCAACGACUACCGGUCGCACAUUGCCCUCGUCUCCCAGGAGCCCACACUGUACCAGGGCUCGAUCAAGGAGAACAUCCUGCUCGGCGGCUCGCGCGAGGACGUGUCCGACGAGGCAAUCUCGGACGCCUGCAAGGAGGCCAACAUCUACGACUUCAUCAUGUCGCUCCCCGAAGGGUUCAACACAAUCGUCGGCACCAAGGGCGCCCUGCUGUCGGGCGGCCAGAAGCAGCGCAUCGCCAUUGCCCGCGCGCUCGUGCGCAACCCCAAGAUCCUGCUCCUCGACGAGGCCACGAGCGCGCUCGACUCGGAGUCGGAGCACGUCGUGCAGGCGGCGCUCGACCAGGCCGCCAAGGGCCGGACCACCAUCGCCGUGGCUCACCGGCUGUCCACGAUCCAGCGCGCCGACGUCAUCUACGUGUUUGACCAGGGCCGCGUGGUCGAGGAGGGCACGCACUCGGAGCUCAUGCGGCGGAACGGCCGGUACGCGGAGCUCGUGAACCUGCAGAGCCUGGAGAAGCAUGCCUGAUUUUGUUUUUUUGUUUCCGUCUGAUUUUCUGUUUUACACACUGUAGGGGGGGGGGCGUCCUAUAUAGAUGAGGCAUGGUAUUUCACCGCCCAGACCAGCAUCCCUUUUGGGUUCUUUCUUUGUUUUUGUUUUUUCUCGUCACAUAUACAUCGCAUGAUACAUCCUUGAUACCUUUCGGGAGUUUUCAUUAUACCAGGACAGGCACACACACAUAUAUCUAUGUAAUUAAUCUCAUUAUCGAGCUCUGUCGAGCAUUCUGGACAAG